AUGCCCAUUUAGGAGGGCAUGGCUGUGUAGACCGAGGGUCUUCAUGAAACACAGCCACAGUGAAAAGGACCACCACAGAGACGCACAGGUUACACACUCCACCACCCAGGCACCUGCAUGUGUGUGUGAGUGAAUGUUUGUGGGAGAUCCGCGCUUAGAAAAGGAAGCUCCUGUCCACCAGUCAGCAUUCAAAGAUCGUGAAUGAUUGCAAAACAGGGCGUGGCCUUUGCAGUGCAACACUGUCCCAUGCUGCUCCCUCCUCUCAGGGGAUGGCCAAGGUCCAGGAUGGACAUACGAAUGCAUGUGAAAGCUUUGCAAUGUUAGAGGAGAGCCAAGAUGGUAUGGACAGUGGUACCCUAGGUCCUGCCUUAGCUCGACAGGUCACCAUCCAGCGACACCCAACUCAAGGCUUCGGCUUCGUUGCAGGCAGCCAGAGGCCUGUCAUUGUACGCUCCGUCUCCGCUGACGGCCCUUCCUUUGGCAAGCUUCUUCCUGGAGACCAGAUCUUGGCCAUUAACGAGGAGACGGUGAGCGACGCCCCCCGAGAGAGAGUCAUAGACCUUGUAAGACGCUGCAAAGACACUAUAGUUCUCACUGUGCUGCAGCCCCAUCAGUCACCAAAGUCUGCCUUCAUAAGUGCAGCCAAAAAAGCCCGCCUGCGAACUAACCCGCCUAAAGUGCGCUUUUCAGAGCAAGUGUCAAUCAGCGACCCAGACUCGACAAUGCUCAAGGACGACUCCUUGCUACUUAUACCAAACGUGUUAAAGGUGUUCUUGGAGAAUGGACAGAUUAAGUCCUUUACAUUUGAUAGCCGUACCACUGUUAGGGAUGUGAUUUCCUCACUGCAGGACCGCCUCUCACUGCGCUACAUAGAGCAUUUUGCCUUAGUCCUUGAGGCAGGUGGUCUGGAGCAGAGGUUGCAUCUGCUCCAAGAGAACCAGCCUUUGACACAUGUGGUGCAUAGAACCUAUUUCCAAGGGAUGAAGUGUCUGUUCCGCAUCUGCUUCUUCCCCAAGGACCCUGCAGACCUGCUGAGAAGGGACCCGGCUGCAUUUGAGUACCUCUAUAUACAGAGUCGCAAUGAUGUUAUUAAAGAGCGUUUUGGCAUGGACUGGAAAUCAGACAUCACGUUACGUUUGGCUGCGCUCCACAUCUUCAUCACUGUGUCCUCAGCAAGGCCAAAUCAGAAGAUCUCACUCAAGCAAGUUGAAAAAGAAUGGGGGCUAGAGCCUUUCCUUCCCCUUACUCUGCUUCCAACUGUCAAGGAGAAGAAUGUGUGUAAGACCCUGUCUCAGUUGCUGAAGACCUACCAGCAUCCACCACCAUCAGGCAACAAGGUUCCUCCUCUCCAAGGAAAGCUGCAGUACAUGCGAGUACUCAAUGACCUCCCACCUUUUGGAGGAAUGCUGUUCCAUACUGUUGGACUGGACGAGAAACAAUCGGCCACAACACUACUUGUGGGUCCUCGACAUGGCAUUAGUCAUGUGAUUGACUUGAAAAACAACCUUACCACUGUUCUGACUGAGUUCAGUAGGGUAGCUAAGGUCCAACUCUACAGAGAGAGCCAAGGAGUGGCACGUGUGGAGGUCACAAUCCAUGAAGCCAAGCCCCUGGUCCUACUCAUGGAAUGGCCUGAUGCCAGUGAUUUUGCAUGCCUUAUCUCUGGCUACUACAAGCUGUUUGUAGACCCUAAACGGACCAUUUACUUCCGAACAUCUGGUCAGUCUCAUCUGACCAAAGCAGAUUACAGAAGCUCUCACCACGCCCACCCCCGUUCCGUGGCAACCAGCGUGCCAAGUGGCGGUCGUCGAGGAGAUGAGAGGGAAAGCUCGCACAGGGAGUCGGGGUCUUCAAGGGCCCUAGUUCCAGCAGAGCCUCAACAUCUAGGCCUAUGUCAUGUCCACCUUCAAGAACAACAGCAAUAUCAGGAGAUCCAGACGCAUGUUGAACUCGACGUCAAUGAGAAUUUUAUUUCUCAGGAUCCCCCUGGCCGGCCUCGCACCAAGUCCGACCCCACCCAACAGAGUACAGAGGAAAUAGCUGGAGUUCUAGAGAGCCCAGCAGUGGAGAAUGCAAAAUUCAGAAUCCGAGCCCAAACAAUGGGACAAUCUCAGAAAAAUUCACGAUACUUUUGUGACUCCUGCAAAGCCAGACUAAGAGCAGAGGGUCUGUCAGGAGCAGUGAACAGUAGUGGGAGUUCUGGGAAACACUGCUCCAGUGCGUGUGCCUCCCGAGAUGGAGGUGCUGUUGAUCUCAUGGCCCUUCCACCCCCUGGUAAUGAAGAGGAGGAGGAGGAAGAGGAGGGAGACAGUGGUGGAGAGAAACUCCAACCACCUGUACCUGCUAUUGCUGCCCCACCACCUGGAUUUAGGGACAACAGUUCAGAUGAGGAUGACCCUAAGAGAGGGAGGAAGGCUCAGUCCAAUACCAGCCAAGCAGUUACUCCUGGGAAGCUGGCUCAAGCCAAGGAAGAUGUGCCUGUGACUCUUAUUGAUAAUGUGACCACAAGAACUGUCCGAGAUCAUGCCCAGGAGCUUGAUGAUGCCUUGGUGUCCACCUUACAGGCACUAGAGGCUCUGGCAGCUUCUGAGGACUACCCUCAUCACCCUCAGCAGCCAACACAGACUGCAGGGCUGAUUGUCUUGGCUGCCAUUACACCUGAAUCUUCACUGGACUCGGGCCAUGAGACAAACUCGUCUGAAUUGACAGAUGUUUCUGAGAUGGUGUCGGCUAUGAAGCAGAACCAGAGCCAGGCCUACCUGCUGGCUCACCAUAUCAACAAAGAACGUAUUCUUUGCCGCCGUGAUUUCCCCCUGGCUAUCCCUGGCUGCACCGCAAAAACUAUAGGAACAGGGGCCUUCUCUGUGGGUCAGAUUCGUGCCGGGUGUCCACCCAAGCAAGUAAUCCUCAGCAAGACUGUUCCCUUUAAAGUGAGUCCCAGUCAAGACUCAGCAAUACUCAGUGUUCUGAAAGAUCAAGGGGGCAAUCAAGACACUCCUCAGACUGAAAGGGAAGCUGAAAAAACAACAAACCCUGAAUCCACCACAGCAAACAUCUCUGACGCCCCAUCAAAGGCACCUGAGGAACUUAAAGCGUCUGAUAAGUCAAUCACAGUUCAAGUUAGUAAAGACCAGAGGAUAUCAAAUUCACCCGGGGAGACACUGUGCCAAAAUCUUACUGAUGGUAUAAAGGGAGAGGAAACCACACCUCUUAAUACAGACUCAAGCAACAAAGCCUUACCAUCUUUCUUGCAUGUGGACAGAACUGCCUGUGCCAAAAUUUCCCCCACAAAAAUGUGCCAAGAUGCCGAAACCGCCUCUAGUGAGACCAUUAAGCCUUCAGAACCUUCUACAGAACUUCUGCCAGUUGAUGACCUUUUCUGCACAUGCCCAGUUCAACAGGAGCCAGGGCCAAAACUACGACUUAAAGACCCACAGGUUCAGAAGCUAGUCAUGUUUCAAUCCUCUUCACCUACAGAUGACGAGCGUCUACGAGCCAAAAGCCUCCAGCUGGCUACCAGCAAAGAAAAUGCAGUUAGAGUAGGAACAGACCCCAGUUUGGCCAAACCCAGUCCUCAAAUACAAACAAAGUACUCCCCUCAUUUGCCUAGAAAACCAGACCGAAAAGAAGCUGCUGAAAGCAAGACUGAGGGUUCCCAAGGCAAAUCCCAAACUGAUUUACAGAAAGUCCCCGUCAAAACCUUCCCUAUUUUAGAUGAUCCAUCAACACCUACCGUAUCCAUAGAAACAGUCUCCACUCUCCCAACAAGAGACUCAAAGAAGCAAAGCAGUGGUAAGGGGAAAUCCCAGCGUAGUGCCCCUUUCUUGAGCUUUAGAAACCUUCUUUCAGCUACGUUCCCAGCAAGAAUGCGAAGAGAAACAGAUGAGCGAAGAGCUCAGUUACAGAAAGUCCGACAAUAUGAGCUAGAAUUUUUAGAAGAGCUGCUAAAGCCAAAGUCAUCACAAGGAGAAUUUUUGCCCCAGGGAGCCUCACCUGUGCCGUCAGGCACUCCUUGUGCCUGCCAGCUUCGCACCAGCCCUGUCUUAAAGGCACCAGGUAUCUCCAGGGAGCAGAGACGCAGCUGUGACUGUAAACGAAUGUGUAGGGGCAUGCGACUUCCUGACACACCAGUUGGCUCAACAACGGAGACACAACACAGAGGCAGAGAGAGGACUAUCUCAAAUACACCUCCACCAGUCUCCAAAGCCCCUCACACUCAAGGUCCUACGAGAAGACCUCAGACAUUGGAGAUUAAGACAACACGAAUACGCUCUACCAGCCUUGAGUCAAGAGAGCCAAGGGGCGAGCAGAGCUCCUGCCUGCCCACUUCUACUUCUCAAACAGAUUGCGUGGGAGCCCCACAAUAUAAGAAGCUCCAGAGGCGAUACAGCAUUGGAGAACUGGAUAAUAACACUAGUACACCUGUGUAUGCUGAGGUGAAGCCCAAAGCUAAGAGUCUAGAGAAGGAGAUGGAGAGAGUGAGGGCCACAGGGCUGAGGCUACCCACCCCAGUGGAGCCAGUCCAUACACAGUCUCACCAGGCAGAGACAAAGGGGAAAAAGGGUGUGUUUUUUAUUCAGGGAGAAGAGCUACUAUGUGAAAGCAAAGAGGGAACUGGUGAGGUGCUGUUGACCCUGCCGAGUGAAGACAGUGAUGAUAAGGAUAAAUGCUGUUCAUUUUGUUUCUGCUACAGAAAGUGUGAGGCAGGAGAUGAAAGCAGUGAGAAGGAUGAGCUCUCAUAUUCCAUACCCCUUCAAAUACUACCAGGCAUGGAGACAGACUCACGUACCUUUCCUGUAGUAAGCAAAACACUGCAGGUUCUCAAUGCAGAAGACUGCAGUGGAGAGGAAGAGGUGGAGGAGGAGGAAGAAGAAGAGGAGCCACAGACACAGGAGAUUGACCUUAGAGCUUGUGUUACAUUAGAGGGGAGCCUGGCACGGGUGCAGGCUUUACAAGGCAAAACAUUCAGCUUACCUGAUGGUUUUCUAAAUGCCCAGUUGGAUGCUAAUGAGUUGCUAGCGAUCCUGCGUCAGUGUGCUAACAGCCCACAAGCUGAGGGUGAGGCUCGUCUUCAGCCCUCACGGAUUGCAGAGUACAAACAGGAGCUGGCUGUGCGCUUCAAGGAAUUCAGAGCAUCUUGUCGACGAGUGGCAAGUGUUGAAAAAAGCCCAACACGUAUGCUUGCUGUUGUGUCCGCUAGCUUUCAAGUGUUGUGUGAACUAACUCAAACCUUUAUCAAAUUAGUCAGAGGAGUUCGUUCAGAAGCCCAGAGGCUGCAGCUGUUGAGAAAAGUUGAGGAAGUAGCUAUCAAUUACACUUUGCUUCUGCGUGCAGCUGAAGAAUCAAUGGGACACUCAAGCAGUCUGCCAACAAAGACAGUGAGUGGUCAAGUUUCCUCCAACACCAAUAACAUGAGCUCCCUCACUCGACCUAUCAAAACUCUGCCUGCCCAGUCAAAAUAAAUCUGGCAGAGAUUUAAUCACAUCAGUCCAGAAUGUGGCUGGCUUCUAUAUCCAAACACAUUAUUUAUUUAUUGUUUACAUUUUUUACAAGAUGUGCAAUGAUUCAUCCUCAGUAAAAAUUACAAUGCAGCUGUUCCAUCCCAUGUUUACAGGCCCUGAGGUUGCCUUGUGGAUCUUGUUUUGAAAUACAAGGACACACCAAACUAAUGCACAAUGGAAUAAGAACCCUAUGACAGAAUGGGUGAUGCAGGGCUAAUCACCUCAUAAUACAAUUCACAAUAUACAUGAGUCAUGAAAGUAUAAUAUUUUAUAUGUAAUAUAUAUUUGAGUUGUGUCUACUUAGCAAAUAAUAUAAAGUUUUGUGAAGAAAAUUAAGAAUAUAUUUGAAAUGUAUUGAAUUAAGAGAACUAUAACAAAUCAUCAGAAAUAAAUGUAUGCACUGGAUAAAAAAAAAUAUAUCAGAGAUCUCGUCAAGUAGCUACUUUUGUAAAUUGCAUAGUCCAAAGCAUUGGUUGGGUAGAUGUGUUUGUUUGUUAAAAUUAUCUAACUGUUGUAAUACACAAUUGGAGACCUAGAUUGGCUUUGUUGAUGGUGUGUAGUAAACUGAUAGUGGAGUCAAAACGUAAAUGAAGGUGCUGGAAAAUGAAAACCACUGAAAGACAAGAAUAUACUGAACUAUACUGAAUAACAGAAGCCUAGUCUCUCAUCAUAACAGAGCAGGUGCAAAAACACACCUGCUCAGGCCAGACAAUGUAGCAGAGACACAAGUCACACUCUUAUCCACUGUACAGUAAUGAGUGCUGUUACCUCACUCAGCUGUAGAGAAAGAAUAUCCACACUGUACUUAAUAAUGCACAGGGCGUAUUUUACACCAUCACUGAUCAAUAGCUCAUUUGCAUUUCACAUGUUGUGAAUCAUAGUUUUAAAUAUAGCCAUCCACUUGCAAGUAAGUGUAUCGCUAGACUUUUGCACAACCUCUGAUAUUAGCUCCGAUGUUGAAAUGUAUGUACUUUAAUGUUUGAUUCAGCAUUUCGUUUUAUUUCAUUAUUGCUGCUGAAAAACUCACUUGAAUCCACACCAAUGGUUUUACAAAAUCCAUCUCCUUGAGGCUAAAGCGCAUCUGUUUCAAAUAAUUUUUAAAUUCAGGUUUUCAAAUACAAUAUAAACAAUUUGCUUUCUAUGUGCUGUUACAUUGUGCAAUCUAGCAAAUAUAUAACAAACACAAAGUAGUUUUCUAUGUAUUUUAAUAAAACUAACACAUCUGUUAACUGUCUGAAAUCUCAUUUGUGUCUCAUCCUCUUGUUAUUUCUGAAAAUGACUCCGGGAAGCUUUAUGGUUGUGGUGGCCAUGUGUGUAGUCAGCAUACUGUUAAAGGAAAGUGCUGUGAAACCAAACUAAAACUGUCAACUGGGCUUCCAUAAUCAUAAGACAAGAAAUGCAAUAUUGCUGUUUUUAUUUAAAAAAAGAAAAAAGAAAAAAAAUGGUCGGCCUUUGGAAAUCUUUUUAAAAUGUAUAUGAUGUAAACAUUUGCCCUCAACUAUGGUAUUGUAUUCUUUAAUCAAGACCAUUAACUGUUUUCUGACACCAGUUACCACAUAGUUUUUUAAUUGACAAAGAUUAGAAAUCAUCAGUCAAUUAUUGUAUUUAAUCCAGAAUAUGUUUUAGCACUUAGCCUUUUUUUUGUUAUUUCUUUAAACUGAGGAUCAUUAGUUACAAAUAUACAUUUGUGUGAGUCUAUAUCACAUUGAGAAUGUGAUUACUCACCAGGGAAUCCCAUCUUUCGCCCUAUGUCAGCUGGGAUUAGCUCCA